UAGAAAAAGAAAUUAAAACACUGAGAAAUUCACAUUUCUAGUGCAGCAUCAGCAAGGAAAACAUGCAGGGAGUUUCUGAGCAUGCGCGCGAAUGAUAAGUUUAACGGAAGCCGAUGUGGAGCGAAAAGGAGCAGGUCCACGCCUUUUCCUCACACUAGACGUGAAAGCAUUGAUUGUGUACGGGAUGCACUGGUGCCUGGUAACGUUAUGCUGUGACAUGAAUGCAGGGGACCUGUGCAGCUCUUGCGGGGACUGUCUCUAGAUAUUACUAAGCUCAUGUGAGGCUCUUUAGCAUUAAAAGUGCACUAAUGAUGCACUACUCCAACUGGCUCAUAGGCGUGAAAAACAGGGCAAGCCUUCGAAAUGCAUGCAAAACACCACCUAACACCGACUGGAACAGCAGGGGAAAUGUUGUCGACAUGCAGAACAACAACCCGCAGCCAAAUGAAAAGACAUCCGAGCUAGCGGUCGCCACCCACCUCUGGAAAAAAGGCUACAAAACAAUCAAGAAGAUCGGGGAGGGCACAUUUUCAGAGGUGGUGAAAACUCAGAGCCUGAAAGAUGGGAAGUUCUACGCAUGUAAAACCAUGAAGCAGACAAUUAACAGUCUGGAGCAGGCCAACAACCUGCGGGAAGUCCAGGCCAUGAAGAGACUGAGCCCACAUGCAAAUAUCAUCCAGCUGCAUGAACUGAUUUAUGACAAAGAAACUGGAACUGUGUCUUUGAUUUGUGAGCUGAUGGAGAUGAACAUCUAUGAGUUCAUACAAGGAAGAGAAACACCACUGCCUGAUCACACAGUAAAGAACUACAUGUACCAGCUUUGCAAGUCACUUGAACACAUGCACAGCUGUGGGAUCUUUCACCGAGACGUGAAGCCGGAAAACAUUCUCAUCAAACAAAGUGGUCUCAAGCUUGGUGACUUUGGCUCAUGUCGGAGCGUAUACUCCAAGCCCCCGCACACAGAGUACAUCUCCACACGCUGGUACAGAGCGCCAGAGUGCCUCCUCACCGAUGGGUACUAUGGCCUAAAGAUGGACAUGUGGAGUGCUGGUUGUGUCUUCUUUGAGAUCAUGAGUUUGAAUCCUCUCUUUCCUGGAACCAAUGAGCUGGACCAGAUUGCCAAGAUCCAUGACGUGUUGGGGACACCAGAUCAAAGUAUCCUCCACAAGUUCAAGCAGUCUAGAGCGAUGCAAUUCAACUUCCCCCCGAGAAAAGGCAGCGGCAUCUCACGGUUAGUCCCUCACUGCCCGGCUCCAGCUCUGUCACUGCUCUAUCAGAUGCUCGCCUAUGACCCUGAUGAACGCAUCACUGCAGAAACAGCCCUGCGGCACACGUACUUCAGGGAAGUCAGGCUGGCAGAGAAGAAAGCCGAGACUCUUCACAGAGUUUCUGGGACUGUGGGUGGAGUAGAAAGCAGUGGCACACACAACUCCUUAGACCACAUCUGGCGCCCAGCCAGACUAGGCAAACAGCUGAGGGGAAGACACACAAGGCAAACCCCUUUAAUGAGCCACAACAUGAAGCAUGUAGCAGAGCCCCUCAUCCGACGGAACAUCCCUCAUUAUCCCGCAGAGCUGCCCAAACUCAACAUGGUCGUACCAGGACCGCAGAUCUCCUUCCCAGCCUCCACUAUGCCCUCAUAUACUGUAACCCACCGGGGCACACUGCCAACCAUCACAUCGAAAAAGUGCCAGUCACGGUUGGUCAAGCCCCGGGAUGAGUCACACUGCAAUGCUUUCAAGACCUUCUACAUGCCACCUCUGGAUCGGAAACAUGGAGGCUACUGAGAGCCAAAAACACUUUAACGUUUGAUUUAAAAAAAAAAAAAGCCUCUUACAACAGGACAGACCUGUAACUGUUAAACACAUUGUGGAGAGGACAAUGUUUGGACAGGCCUGAUGAUGAAAUCUGUAAAGCAACACAAACAUGUCUGACAAAAGAAAUGCAACAAAGACCGCCAAGCCUGUCAUCUUACCAGUUACCACUGCUACAUCACAACUAUUCAGUCCUCGUUGUAAUGAUGAAAUUCAAUGUGAUAUCUACAUGAUCAAUAUUAGAGUCUGUCAUAUUAUGUUGGGUUGAGAGUGUGUAGUUUAGUUAUAACCUCAGUUUUACUUGACCUAGUCAGGUGUUAUAUGUUUACAACUGUUUAGGAAUAUACUUCCAUCUGAGCAUAUUACACAAGCUAAGCAAUAACAUAUCUGGCAAGUGAACAGCCGAUUAUGCCGCAGCCCUGCGAGGCCAAUGAGGGGGGAAAUAAUUCUGGUGAUCCAUUUUCUAAUUCUGAUUUAAACAGUUUUCUGUCCUGUGUUUCUGGUUUAAGAACAGGUUUUGCCAGGACAAUCUUUCUGAUCUGGUGAAGAGGGAGCUGAGCCGAAAGGCAAAGCUUUCGAUUUACUGGUCCAUCUACGUCCCAACCCUCACCUACAGUAUGGUCAUGAGCUCUGGGUAGUGACCGAAAGAAUGAGAUCACGGAUACAAGUGGCUGAAAUGAGUUUCCUCAGAAGGGUGGCUCAGCCUUAGAGAUAGGGUGAGGAGCUCUGAGCUCUGGAGGGAGCUCGGAGUAGAGCCGCUGCUCCUUCGGGUCGAUCUUGGCACAACCGUUUUUUUCACCCAUUUUAAGCCAUAAGCACAGGACAGAGAACAGUUUAGAUCAGAUGUAGAAAUGGAUAACCUUUUUUUCUCAUUUGCCUCUCAGGACUUCCAUACAUUUACCAUUGGUGAAUGAAAUGGCAAAAACAUCUUUGAUGGGAAACAUAGUCAGCUUCCUGGAAAGUAAUAGUGCCUCUAAAAGGUCACCACACCCCUCGGACUGGUUCUCGUAUCAUUUUACAAUUUUUAAUUAACAAAUUAUGGACACCAAUUCUAUAACUAAGUGCAACUGUAAGAUGCAAAAUAUGUUCCAAGUAUUCAUCACCCUUACUGUGACACACCUUAAAUAUGACCACGUUUAAAUAAUCAGUUGAGUGAGAUAACUGGUAUGUAACUGUGGUGUAACAAGGGAAAAUCUGAAGUUCCAACAGCUGGUUAGUCAAUGUCCUGGUAAAACCUUUGCCCUUAAGACAUUUCAAAUAAACCCCCAACAAAAUAUUAAAAACUAUGACUCUUGGAGAGAAUAUUUUAAACCACACUGGAGUAUGUUAAUAUCCUGAAGUGGCCAAGUCAGAGCCCACACCUCAGUUCAAUCUAGAAUUUAUGGCAGGACUUUGACCAAAUACUACACACAGUGACUAAUUAAUCAGCCGUGAUUAAAAGUUGUAGAGCAAUAAACUCAGAGGGUGGUGCUGAACACUUUUUUAUAGGCACUGUAUACUUGUGAUAGUCUCAUUUAAAUAGCUGUGAACAAACUCGCCGGGACAAACUGAUUUGUAGGGCAACAGUCUUCCGGUGCUACGGUAAACAGCAAAAACAUUCACAUGAAGUGCUUCACAAUUACUUUAAGCAACAACAUGAUCUUUGGAGAAGUAUUUUACAGGCACGUUCCCUGGGUGCAACAAAGUUGGAACAGUUCAUAACAAACUUUUAGAUCAGUCAUAUAUGUGAAAACAUCUGUAUUUUAUAUGGCCUUAAGAACGUCCUGAUUUUUUUUAAUGUUUAAAACAUAUCUCAGCCAGCACCCUCACUCAAAGCAUUGUGGCUUAAAAAAAACAAGCACCAUCUCGUCCUGAGCUGUGAGCUCGUUAAAAUCGACUGUGACUCAGUCUGCACUUUAUUGUGUUGGUUAUUGUGACACAUAAUCAGAGUGAGGAAGUUAAGUGUCAUUUUUACAAUGUCAUCAUUAACCUGCAUUGCAAAUGCUUGAAUCUUUUACAUUAUGUCUGCACGACCUCCUGACACAAACAUGUUGAGUAGAAAUUGAUGAGAAUUGAAAUUCUUUUUUAAUUCAAGUGGGAAAUGUGAACUUCGAAAAUAUAUUUGCUACACCAACUUUUUGUCCAGUGUAAGGGGUCGCUGAAGUCUUUGUAGCAUCAAUGAUUGGUUAUCACAUAAAAUAAAGUACAUGAAUACUGCAGUUGGGAAAAACGUCUUUGUUGAAUCUCAAGUUUCUUAUCUGAAAUGUCUGUUAGGAAGAAAAUCGGAGGAUAUAAAGCUCCAUGUUUUCUUCUCAGGAUCCUUUUCAUUGUGCUAACCUAUGCUUCCUCACAUCGUCGAAGGCUACUAAAUGAAGGCUGGGACACAAUAUCAUAUUGCAUCAUUGGGGUACACCAUGCGCAGUAAAGUCUUGUCUGCACCUGCCAAUAGGCUCAAUAGUUGGUGCUGUAUCAUAGAUUGUCGGGAUGAUUCACUGAGGCAUCCGUGGUCAGCCUUGUUGGAAUAUGUUUUGUUUGAAAAAUAAACACAUGGGUGACAACUGAAACAAAAGCUUGCUACGUGAAAACAUUAUUGCAUAUCGGCCACCAUCCAUUCUACCACACCCAAAGAACACCUGAGCGGACACCAUCCCUUUAUUCCUAGCGCUAUCUGCUGUGACCCUCUAACGUCGCAGCUUCAGUUACAUUGCACAUGUGCCAUACCCCGAAGCUCCCAUGGGGUCAUAGACAGUGUCCCAGCUUUCUUCCAAUAGCCUUGGCAUCCUGCCUCCUUCCAUGACCCAGAGAUUGUUCUCUCUUCACCAUUAUGGAGGAUCAUCCAAUCCUUUAAACGCACAUCAAGAAGACAAGGAGAGAGGAGGCUUCAGGAGGAGCUCAGAGCUAGGAAACACGUGUAUCUUACGUGGACGUCGUUCAUCAAGUGGCUUGUCUUAUAAAUGCCGUACUUUAACAUGUGGCACAGUAAGUGACGUCACUAUGAAACCUAGGAUCUUCAUGAGGAAGCAUUGGCUACUCCAUCCUCACGUCUCUUCACUGGAAGGAGUGAAGAUGCAAGGAAGAGACGCGAGUGAGGGAAGGGAGGAGAUACGUUAGCAUAAUGAAAAGCAGCCUCGGUGUUUGUUGUGACUUUGGCAUACAGGGAGCUUGUAUGAAGUCUUUGAAGACUCAAUCGUUGUCUUCCUGAGCUUCAAAGACGCUCCUUUCAUGCAACUUAAGCACUUUUUUGACAAUGUAAG